AUGGCGGAAGCGGAUGCAGUGGUCGACCUCACCGACGGCGAUGUAGAGAGGCUGCUGAAGGAGGCCGAGGCCAGAUUGUCGGCCAAGGCAAGCAGCCAGAAUGGCAAGAGCUUGACCAUUCCCUCCAACAUGGAGGUGAAGCAGGCUGGGACCCAACCCACACCCGAUGCCACGACCGCACCCGCAGCCGACGACUCCAAGGCCAAGGCUGAAGAGCUGUCGGUCCGUGUCCCGAAGCCCCGUCUUUCCAACAAGGAGUUCGUGCAGCAAACCAAGGCCUCUGCUGGAUCCGCUUGGUACAAUCUGCCCAAGACAGAUCUGACCCCGGGACUGGCGCGGGACUUGAAGCUCCUGAAGAUGAGGAACGUGUUGGACCCCAAGCGCUUCUACAAGAAGGACUCGUCCAAGGCUUCGGUCCCCGAGUUCUCCCAGGUCGGCACCAUCGUCGAGGGCCCCACCGAGUACUUCAGUGCCAGGAUGACCAAGAAGGAGAGGAAGCGCACCCUCCUCGAGGAGGUCAUGGAGACCGAGGCCUCGAACCGCAAGUUCAAGAGCAAGUAUGGCGAGAUCCAGGCUGCCAAGACCAGCGGCAAGAAGGGUUACUACAAGAAGAUGACGCAGAAGAGGUACGGCAAGAAGUAA